AUGCAUAGGGAAAUUGUAUAAUAAUUUUAUUUUUAUUAUACUUUGAUUAUUUAACCAUUUAGAUGAAAAUGACCAUUAUUCAUCUAAUGGUGUGAUAAGUGAAUAAAAUAAUGGUGACUUUGUAAAAAAUAAAGUAACCGCAGCAAAAACAUUAUUUGUAGAAUAAUUAACGGUAAAAAUUAAGAAUUUAAGCUAUACAAAUUUAUAAAAAAACAAUUAGCUUGUAAUAUAUUUACUGAGAGUAAGUUCAAACUUUUGCCAAACAUGAAAUAUUUUUACUCAAGAUUAUAUGUAUUGCUGUAUGAAUCUAUCCGAUAACAGAAAAUAACAGAACCUCCUCAAGUUUUGCAGAAAAUCUUUUUUGAGUUUUUGAACGUUGCAGAUUUUCUUUUCUUUUUCUUGCAAGUUUCCUCACUUUUAAAAAAUUUACCGUUUUCUCCAAUUCUCUACACAAAUUAGCUUCUUCCUCUCAUCAUCUUCUACUGCAUGCACAAGUUAGCUGCUAAUUUGCAAGUUAUAACAGUAAAUUCUUUACUCAUUUUGCACUUAAAAUACAUUUUAGUUGCAAAAACAGUGUCAAAAAGAUGGACAAAACUGAUGCAUCAUCAAGGUUGUUGAAGCCUAAUUUCUCAUCAGAGAAUAAGCUUCAACCAUAUGGUUUUUCCUUGAGCAUUGAUAGAAGCAAACUUGCUGCAAGAUCAGCAAAAAUAUCCGCCUUGCUCGAAGAAAAUCCGCGAGUAGAACUCUCUUGUUUUCUAAAGAAUAUUCCUGUUGAUUCAGAAAACAUUGAGCUUGUUUUGAAAUUCUGCAAUGGAUUGGAACCGCGUUUCUCGUCGGAAAAUGUUAUCCAACUCAUUUGCCUUGCUAAGUUCUUAGAGAUGUCAGAAAAUCAUUCCACUAAUAAUCUGCUAAAGAGAGUCCUUGACUUUCUUGAACAAAGAGUGCUUCCUAGUUGGGAUGAAACUAUCAAAGCUUUGCGUUUGUCGGGAAAUUUUCUUCCUGAAGCGGCGCGUUUGGGUUUGCUCGAGCCUUGUCUAGAUUCACUUGCUGAAAAAGCACAGAUGAAUCCUCAUCUACUUGGCGAUCCAUUCAAGAUUUCAUCGAAUGGUGACGAUACUGAUGGCAUUGAGGAGGAGGAGGAGGUGGAGGAGGAGUACUAUAGACCGAAUGCCAGACGAAGGCUGUUUCGUGUAGAAUGGGAAUCGGAGGAUUUGACAAAACUUCCUCUUCAGCUAUAUCAGCCAAUCAUUUUCACAAUGAAUCAGAACCACAUUCCUCCAAGGUAUGUAGCUGCGUCGCUCUGCAGAUAUGCAGAGUUAUGGGUUUUCUCGUGCAGCGAAGAAGGCGAUAAUAUGUUAGUAUACGAUCGACACUCUCAAAGGGAUGUUAUAGAAACUGUGGAAAGCCUUCUGCCGAAUGAGAAAGGACUAGUUCCAUGCACAUUGUUGUUCAAACUGCUCAAAUUCGCUACGUCAUUGGAUUGUAGUCACGAAUGUCGUAAUGGUUUCGAGUAUAGAAUCGGGCAACAGCUAGAACAGGCAACUGUCAAUGAUCUCUUAAUGAAGAACCCUUGUCAAGGUGUUGGCAAUGCGGAUGGAAUGGAAUAUGAUGUCGAGAGCCUGAGGAGGAUUUUGAAGCAUUUUUACGGAAACUAUAGUAGCGGUUCUGGCAUAAUCGCGGUGGCAGUACUUAUUGAGGAGUUCCUUAUGGAGAUUGCUAGUGACAGAGAUUUAAAGAUCGAUACUUUCCGUGAGCUUGGUGAUAUAUCAAUGGCAGUAUCAGUAGGAAUACAGAAAAACUGCGACGGAAUUUACAGGGCUAUCGACAUUUACUUGGAUAAAAACCGUAAUCUAACAGAAACCGAAAAAGAGGAGAUUUGCAGGACAUUGGAUUGCCAAAAAAUGUCGCCUGAAGCUUGCGAACACGCUGUGACUAAUGAAAGACUGCCGUUGAGAUUCGUAGUGCAAGUGCUGUUUAUAUGCCAAUCGCAGAUACGAAACACAUUUGCAAAUCAGGUUCGGGUUUUUGACGAAACGUUACGAAAAGUUGACGAGGAAGAGGAGCAAGAUGUGAAAGGAGCAGAUUCUGAUGCAGAAGAAUUGAGAAAUGAGAUGAACAAAAUGAGCAUUAAAGUGAUGGAAUUAGAACAAGAAUGCUGUGUGAUGAAAAAAGAAAUAGUUCAGAAUGGUAGCAAGAAUCAUCAGAAUACAGGAAAAUUUAGUAUGUGGAAGCAAAUGAAGAGAAAAUUAGGGUGCAUGAGCAGUGUUCAUGACUCUAAUUCACAAGUCAAGAGGAAGAAGCUGAAGAAGAUUCAUCCAAAAUACUAAGCACCAAUCAGAUUCUUAUUUUUUUUUGGUUAUAAUUUUGAAUAAUUGGAUUGCUAGCUAUGUAUGCACUUAAAUUAAUGUGGUUUAGUAUUUGUUUCAUUCAUCUUAAUAAUAGCAAAUAUUCAUUUUGAAUUGUUCA